CACGACCUUGACACCCAAGAGCCGACUCUCGGUACUUCAAUGGAUGUUGGAGCCUAAUCUCGAAACGGGUACAUAUCGUAUUCAACCACACCGUCUGUCACCACUUCUUCAUCGCUGGCCACAUAUCGACUGGUGGUGAGCCUGGGUGACCGAAACGGACUGCGCCAGAAAUGGUAGGAGCAACGAUGACUGACAAAACGCGGCACGGAGCCAGUGAAGCGCAAAGGCUCAUGCAAGGAGUCUUUCAAGUAUCCAAUCACGCACGGAUUAGAGGUCUGCAAGCUCCAAAACCUCGAAGGACAACCGUCCAUGCACGAAAGUCUCAUACAAAGUCUAGAGCAGGCUGCAAAACAUGCAAGCAACGGCGAAUCAAGUGCGACGAGAAUAGGGUAGGCGGCUGCCUGAAAUGCCAGAGCCACGGCCUCGAGUGUGACUAUCUUGACGCGAAACUUCCCAUCACUGAGAGAAGAGUUCUGCCCAAGAGCGGGUAUGAGGAUCUGACUGCUGCCGCUACAGAAGCCUCCGAUUUGGCGGCUCUGACCAGGAUGACAUGCAUGUCAUCACUGAGGCGUCUGAAUAUCACCCCAGUUCUACCGAUCCCAUCUACGGUACGCCAACUGGAUCAGAUGACCCCGAUAUUGCAAACGCUACAUCAUUUCGACACUGUGACGUAUUGCUCACUGGGAUCGCAUCUGGCACACCAAGUUAUCAAAAUCUGUAUGCAUAAUCUUGUGGUGCAAAAUCCUUCGUUGCUUCAUGCGAUCAAUGGAGUAUCCGCGGCACACCUUUGCCAUCUCCUCCCAGCGAAUCAACAUCCCAAACAGUAUCGACAGAAUCGACUAACAGCUGCCUAUCACUGGAAGGAGGCAUUGCGGCUCUUCCGCAUUGACCUGGAAUCUGACGCCGUGGAUCAUUCUAUCGACGCCCUCAUAUCUACUAUGAUGCUCAUAUGUGUUCAUCAGUAUAUGUUGAAUGAUCCAGGACCGCACACAUACAAAAGUUUUGUCAAUGCACCUCUUGAGCGAAGGCGUGAGUGCCUUCAAUGGCUUGGAAUGGCCAAAGGCUUUCAAGCGGUGCACCAACGCCUGGGAGAUCUCAUGUGGCAAUCAAUAUGGACACCAGUGAUGAAAGAUGCAGACUACGUCGUACUCCCAUUGUGGGAUCACCUUUGUCAGGACGAGACAUGCACGUUGUUUCUAGAGCUUUGUGGGAUCACGGAGCGAUCAUCACCAGAAGCCAACCCUUUCUACACUCCCCUCGAACAUCUGUUCUUCUACCGUCACUUGGAACCUUGCGCGAACAACUUUGCCAAGUUGAUUACGUUUGUAGGGAAAGCGGACGAUAGAUUUCAGACGCUCGUUCUACAGCUUGAGAAACGAGCAUUGCUCAUCCUGGCUUAUUGGCUUGCCAUGAUGACGAGAAUUCAGCAGUGGUGGAUUAGUCGGAGGAGCAGCAGUGAAUGUAGGUCAAUCGUGGGCUACCUGAUGCAUGACGAAGAUAUAAGAGUCAGGAAACUACUGGAAUAUCCAGCCACUGUAGUGAGGAUGAAUUUGUAGUGAGAGUUGUCACUACCGUUGCUCGGUAGCCGCCCCAGCGUCACGAGUCUGCCUCAGGAAUGCAUUCAAAGAAUUCUCU